CCUUGCAGUAAAACAGGCAGAUAGACGCUCGUGAACUUAAAAACUUUUAGUACGGGGCGUUGUGAGGGGACAACUUUGCGAACAGUCGUUUUCCUUCAACAAAACUACCACUCCGACGGCAGAGACGAGAGGGAAGAAGGACUUUCAUUCCCCCCACCCCAUCAACCGGAGUGACUUUCACUAAGUUUUUCAGGGCAUUUUGUGAGGACUCUUCGUGCUGGAGCUGGAAGGUGGCUUCCUGUAGACCCAUUUACGGGGAAGAAAAUCUUUACGAAAAACAGAGAGAGAGAGUUGCAACUUACCCCACUGACAUCACAUCAGAGGCUGCAAGGAAAAACAAAAUGGCUCAAAGAUCCUGCAUUCCUUUGAUGCUUCUUGCAUUAUGCUGCCUGACGUCAGCAGGGCCAUUACUUCGCAGUCCGUGUGAGCUGCUGCCGGUCGGGACCGGACACCCUGUGCAGGCCAUCCUGAAGAGCUUCACCGCCAUGUCAGGCUGUGCAAGCAAAGGCACCAUGAGCCUGUCUCAGGAGGUCCACGUCAUUAACCUGAGAGGACAUGCUGCAGAGGGCCCAGACAGCACUCCUGCAAGAGUUGAGCUGCAUCUCAAGCCCAUCCAGUCUGUGCGCCAGCACCAGAAGCCCUUGGUCUUUGUGCUUAACUCCCCCCAACCUGUGUCAUGGAAUGUUAAGGCAGAGAACCUGGCCCCGCACAUCCAUCAUACCUUUCAUGUAUCACUGGGCUCAGAGGUCCACUUUAAACAGACAAACUUCUCCCUGAACACUCAGACCCAGAAGGAAAGCCUUCCCCAAGGCAACGAGCAUCUCCUCAACUGGGCCCUGAAGAAGUAUAAGGCAGUCACCUCUUUCUCUGAGCUCAGGAUGACUCAAGCCAUCUACAUCAAAGUUGGAGAAGACUCAGUGUUUUCUGACACUUGCAAGAUUGACACCAGGUUCCUGUCUCUGAACUACCUGGGCAGCUAUGAGGAGCCACAGACGUCAAAGGGUUGCAUCCUGUCGGUGCCUAACAGAGAAGUCCACAUCAUUGAGCUGCAAGCCCCGAACUCCAGCAGCGCUUUCCAGGUGGAUGUCAUUGUGGAUCUAAGGCCUCUGAAGGGUGAUGGCUUGGUGGUGCGAGAUGUCAUCUUGGUGCUCAGAUGUGCAAAGUCUGUCCACUGGGUUGUCAAAGUGCACAAUGUGCAGGGGAAUCUGGAGGUUGUGGCUUCUGAUACAGUGGCCAUUAACUCCCAGAUGACAGAGAGGAUUUCCCCCAGACAGCCUUUGCCAUCAGGAUCACAAGCCUUGAUCAAGUGGGCAGUAGAUAACGGCUACAGUCCGGUCACCUCUUACACCAGCACCCCUAUGGCAAACCAUUUCAACAUCCGACUGCGAGAGCAAGAUGUAUCAGAUCAUCUGGAGAGGAGAUUGCCUCCUGAGCUGUUCGACCUGCGUCAUGUCAGCCCUCUGCCAGAAAAAGGACCUGCGGCACCACGCUCCAGUCUGCCCUUUACAUUUCCUGCACACUUGCCUGUCAGUUUGUCCAACUUGAACUAUGACGACGAAGAACCCGUUGACGAUAGAAACCUUUUGGAUGUUGAACUCAGUGUUCAAUGUGAGGAAAAGAGGAUGGUCGUCAGCAUUGAUAGAAAGAGCCUGGAGGCAAAAGGAUUUGCUAAUGCCAGCCUCACGCUGACAAACCCAGAAUGCAAAGCAAAAGUCAAUGCAACCCACUACACACUGGAGACAUCUCGGACUGGAUGUGGCACCAUUGUGUUUCCUAUGUAUAAUAGCCCAGAGGUCCUUCAUAUCAACUCUGUAACGGUGAUUUCUGACGAGGCGCAGGGUGAUGACGAUCCGGUCUCCACCUGGUUGACCAGAUUUGGAGAAGAUGCAGGGAGGACACAGCCUGAACCAAAUCCACCAGCUCCUUCCAGAACCUUCAACUGCACAUACAGAGAAUCCAAGGAAAUCCCAAAUCCUAAACCUGGUCUGAGCAGACAGCCAGUCAACAGCAUAAGUUUUGAGAUGGAGCUGUACAAAACUGAGUCUUUCAACGAUCCUCCGCAACAGGGAGUCUUCAGUGUUUCUGACCAAAUGGAAGUGUUUGUGCAGAUCACGUCAAAAGCAUCGGACCCGGACAUUGGACUAACUAUCACCUCAUGCUUCAUCUCCCCCAACUCCAGCCCCACAGUGUCCUCUGACUACAAGCUUAUUGAGACAGUCUGUGCCGAGGAUAACUCACUUAAAUGGAUCCAGAACCCUCAGAGGCACUUGUUAUUUUCUGGAAAGAUGGGGGAAUCUUUUAGCUUCACCUUCAACUCCAAAACGUUGAACUCAGCAGUUAUUUUUCUGCACUGUGAGAUGUCUCUGUGCUCAGAGGAUUCUCAGAGGAACCAGGAACUUCCACAGUGCCUGGACCCAAGAAACAACUGCACUUCUCUGACUAUGGAGACAAUCUUUGCAUUGAUGAGCAACAAAAGGUUUUUGACGAAGCCGAUGGCUGUGGUUGAUGACAGUGAGUUUCCAGAUCAUCCUCCAAAGAAACCAGAACCUGAAGAAGCUGAGAUGUUUCUCUUGGACACCACCACGGUGGUGUUGAUCGCCUUCGCCGCCUUUGUUAUUGGGGCUCUGCUGACUGGGGCCCUGUGGUUUAUCUACACACACACAGGUGGGACCGCCAGAGCGCAGCCCGUUCAGAAGCCCCAGCCCGUCUCGGAAAACAGCAGCGCGGCCCACAGCAUAGGUAGCACGCAGAGCACGCCGUGCUCCAGCAGCAGCACGGCGUAGCUCGGGAACGGCGCCCCCGCACGCACCGGCCGCAGCACCUUCACGCAAACCGGUUCGUUGGUCUUCUAAAGCGUGAUGCGGAAAACAGACAAAAAAAAAAAAAAAAAAAAAACACCGACAAAUGUGCUGCGAUGAUUCUGAGAUGUAUCUCAGCGCAAGAAAGAAAGAAAGUUCUGUUUAGAUGGGUUUUUUUUUUUUCAAAUCCAAAUGCUGCUCUUCUCAUCACAGUUAAGCCUUUUUUGUUUUGUCCUUAAAUGGUUUGAAUUCAGUCGCUUUGCUCCAACAGUGAUUGAACACGAGAAGAUUUGCAGAGGUUAGGAAGUGAUAUGUUGAUGGCUGGACCGUAAACACAUUACUUUAACACACACAACCUAGAAAGUAGCACAGGAGCAACACAACCACUAUUAGAAAGAGGACAAAAGUGCAGUAUGAACUUGUCUGUCAUUAUCCUGACGAAGAGAGACAAUGGAGGUGUUGAAUGUAUGAGAGAAGAACAAGCACCAGCAAAUGUGAAAGAACAUUGUGAAAGAUCUGCAGGUAGACCUCCAUAUUUUACACAAAAGAAGACUUUUUUUUAUUUUGGAUUAAAGUGUAAACAAUCGAUAACAGUACAUCAGAGCGGCUCAAUAGGUGCAAGUUUAAAAUGGCUACAUUUUCAGAGUUAAAGCAUACUACUUUGCUGAAGUUAAAGGAAAAGACCGAUACUUGUUUUGUGUCUGUGUGUGACUAGCCUGGCUUCAUGGUGUCAAUCAAAUCAAAUCGAAACAAUCAAUCAAUUUUAUUUAGCUGGAAACAGUUGGUGUAGGUUGGAAGAAAUCCUCAAAAUCUGUCCUGGCGUUUUAUUCAGUUCAGGUUAUUCUCAAUACAUGUAGUCUCUCAAGACAAUUUAUUAGAAAGUAACAUGCAAUUUAUGUAGAGAAAUAAGUGGCGCCCCUAAGGGGAGAGCCACUUGAAAAAGAAUUGAGCCAGAGAAUUGUGUUCAGGCUGGUGUACAUGGCAAAUGGAAUAUAGCGCUUUAUCACAUAAUUUACAUGAUCAUCUUCUUCAAUCACAACAUAAAUGUAUAAAAAAAAUAAACUGAUUUAUACAGCUCUGGAAAAAAUUAAGAGGCCACUGGAAUGAAUGACAAUGAAAACCUCAUGGUUAAUCCACUAGGUAUUGAUUUCUAAAUAUUUCCUGAGUUAAAACGUUUACAUUGUAGUUUCUAAAUGAAUAUGAACUUCCAUUAUUUGAGGUCUAAAAGCAUAGCAUCUUUUUUUCAUUAUUUUGACCAUUUCUCAUUUUCUGCCAAUAGAUACUAAAUAUUUGCUUGGAAUUUCAGAGACGUGUUGUCAGUAGUUCAUAGAAUGAAAGAACAAUGUCCAUUCAAACAUGUACCUAUAAAGAGUAAAGAGAAACAGAUCUUAAGAAACUCAGUAUUUCACAUUACAUCUUCCACUGAGUCCAGCCAUUACUUUGUAAGCCAAGACAUUCUUUGCAUUACUAUCCUUCAGACACAAGAGAGGUCUCAGUCUUCUCCUCAGCUGUCUUUUUUUAUAUCUUCUGAAGUGUUGGUGUACAGUUCUGGUCAGAAGUUUUCAUACACUUGUUAAAAUGAAUUUCCUCAUAAUUUGUGGAUUUAAAUUAUGUAUUUCAACUAUAUUUUUUGAUGACUGUUAAAAUCUUAAGCAACCUCAACUGUGAACUAUACAACAGUCUCAAAUACACAUCGCCACAAAUCCUUGGAGAAAGGUUUGCUAGCAGAGAGAUCUUUGUAUUAACAGCCUGCUGGGAGGAUUCUGGCUGCAUAUUUGAGCAUGUAAUGUUUUAUAAAUCUGUCCGUGGUGGGGAAAAAAAAAAUUUUCAAAUCAAAUAUUUUUAUAUUAACAGAACCAAAUUAAGUCACCAUUCAUGCUAAUGGUGACCAUAUGCAAACUUCUGCUCCAGACUGUCGAUUUGUAUUUUUAUGUCAAUAAUUGUAAAUAGGCAAAUGUGUUUCGAGGGAAGCACAUGUGCAAACUUCUCUUUUCUGCUUUAUCUGUGCCAGUCCCUUCUUUUAUAACCUGAGGAAUCUCAUCCACAGUGUUGACUGACUGACUGACUGACUGACAGCAUUAACGACGGCCAUAUUUAAAGAACAAGCCAGCGAUCACAGUUAGCCUUUGCUAGCUCAGAUCUUUCCAUCUGUCCGUUGAGCAUGCAGCACAUUGUCACAGGAACAGAAAGGCGUCAGAUGAUAAAAUGGAGUAGCGCUCCCUGUUUGUAAUCUUCAUCAGACAAAACAUGAGGCAUUUCUCCAUGGUUUGCAGACACCAGACAGUCAGUGUUUGGAGUUCCUUAUCCCACUUGGUUUUGUGUAAAUCUUGGCGCUCAGUGUGUUGUAUGAGCUGCAGCCAAAGUUCUUUGUUUCACAUAUAUUUUCUUCAACAUCGUAAGCUCCCCACCACUUUACAAGAAUAUGAAUGUUUUCUCUGUGUGCGUGUGUGUGUGUGAGAGUAUCAAUUGUGUGUGUGUAGGGGAACAAGCGGGGGCCUAGAGUGGGAUAGAAGAAAAUAUGUUUCCCUGAAGCAGCAAUAGGGACACAAUGCUUUUUAUCUGUUUUUUCUUCUCCUUUCUCAAUGUAAACUUAUGUACAGCUUUCUACAGAUGCUAUAAAUAAAUAUAUUUGUGUAUAAGAUUAUAUUUUGGAAUGUAUUUACGACAGAAUUUUAUUGUGAUGUGUGUGUGGAAGUACUGUGAACUGUGGAUUUGCUCAUAUAACAAACAUAUGGUUUGGGAAAUUCUUUGUAAAGCAUACAUAAAAGUGUUGCACGCUGUCGAAUACGAUGCAGUUUAGUAAAUAAUUAUACUAUAAAGUUGUUGCUAGGAGCCGCCUUUUCUUUAAAAAAUUUCUAGACAUAUUAGACAUUUUUUGUCCUGUGUGAAACUUUACUGAUCUGUGCAGGCAUUGCUGAUGUUCUACACCCCAUCCAGCUGUUUAAAACGAAGAACGGGACUCACAACUCCAAAUGUAUUAAGCUUUGCUUUUUGUCAUUUUAAAGAAUAUAAGCUGAAGCUUGUAGACGCUUCAUAGCUUCCCAUCUCUAAAGUAGCACAUAGUAAAACAUAAAACCAGCUCUGGUUUGUAGCCUUUGGGUCAUGUGCAGUUUGUACAAAAUGAUACUGCAUCAUAUUAAGCCACAGCCUCCCUUCAUCAAUAAUGGCACUUUUGGUAAAGAUGAGCAAAAAGCCCUUAAAUUGAUUUUUUAUUUCAGCAGCAUUACUUUGUUGCAGUUUUUUUUAAAAGAUAUGUUGCCUAUAGUACACAAUCUGUACGCUUAACCUAGCAACUAUUUUAUCGAUGAUCUUCACAUGUUGUUCUGUCGUUCAAUUCAUUUCCAAGACAAUGUGUGGAUCCUUAGGGGAACGUAAAUGUUGACUUUUUUCAUUCAAGUAUCUUCAGAGAGUUGUUCCUGCUGUUUUCAAGUGAGAAUCUGCAGUAGCAGUCUUUCAAUCUAGAGAAGCCUCUGACUGAAGACGGUUGCUGUAAGACAGUCUCAUGACCGUCAUGACAUGCAAACCACUCAGUUUCCAGGCAGCAGAGACAACAGUACUCUAACAGUGGUUCUACUUAACCACCUCCUUUGCUUUUGCCGAUCUGUCUGGCAGAUAAUUGUUGAAGUUGGAAGAGAAAGUUUAACUUUUUCUCUUUUUCUCUCUGCACUUUAAAUAAUAAAGUAAAAAAAAAAAAAAAGAAUUAAGACGUGAAGCACAAAUUAUCAAAAAGCUUAAGCUACCCUCACUUUGUUUAAUAUUUACUAUAUCAAUGGAUGUGUCCAAACUGAUCCAAUUAAAAAAAAAAAACCUCAAUGUGGGAUUUUUAUAUCAAAUCAAAGAUUGGAUUAUUUUCUUAAAGAAAUUUUUCAAUGUUGAAUUAGUCUGCAAUAAAAGCUGCGUUCAGUUUAAUUCCUUUUACUCAUCUUUGCCAACAUGUAAGGAGGACACGGUAAUUAGAGCACAAAUCCAUGGAUCUAUUGAUUGUAUUUUUUUUUAUGUGAUUUGACUACCUCAUAUGUUUUUUGAAUGUUGAGUUUGGAUGCCUGUAUGUAUGGAAGUGCUAUAGGUUAAGCAGCCGUUUAAGAUUUAAAGCUCGAUCAUGACUUUUUUUUUUUUUAAAUCACACUUUGUUAUUUUCAAAGAAUCUAACAGAAAACAUUAAUGUUAUGAUAACCCUUUUAGUUGUGAGCCUUUGUACGUUUAAGUUGAUCGUUUGACUUUCUUUGUGUUCAUAAAACCUUUUAUAUGCUGUAAAUAUGCAUGACCCCUGUACACUCAUUAUGACCAAUAAAUAUUUUAUAAUAAUUACA